UUAUAAUUUCGUAUAAUAAUCGAGUAGAUUCAAGACACAGAAUCGCUUUUACAAUAAUAAAACAAUCAAGAUUGAAUAAUAAUGAAGACAAAGAGGUCAAAGAUAUCCGGUACAUUAAAUGAGCAUAGCGGUUCUUCUUCAUGCAACCUUGUUUUUAACCAACAUGUCAACACAAUUCGAAAAUCUUUACCACUAAUCAAGUGGGAAAAAAUCGAUAAAUUCACUAUUCACAAUAAUCCAACCAUUUCACAUCGAUAUCACCUUUCCCUAUGUACAACAUAUUCAACGAUUCUAACUAAGGAGCGAGCUUUUGUAUUGGCAUUAAAAAGAUUUUAUAGGAAUGGUAAAAUCAGUGUAUUAAAGCCAGAUAAAAAGUUCUAAAUACAUAAAUUUGGUUUUGAAUGUUUGAAUUUCUAUGGCUUCUGUUGUAUGUAGGAGACGAGAUGGAACUCCGUUGGGAAAUGAUGUAGGUAUACGACAGAAAUAUGUUUAGAAGAAAUUCGUGACACCUGUAUCGCUUUCUUGACCAGAUAAAACUUGAUAAGAUGAAUUCUUCGAGAGGCUGCAGUCAACCGUUGUAAAAUG